UUAAUUCCUGUGUCUAGCCUUCUUGCAUUGCUCUUCUUUCUCAUAUACCAUAUUUGGUAUAUGAGAAACAACCGCAGCAUGGAUAUCAGGAUCGCGCUGGAGUAGAUCCACGCAGUGAGCCACCACGCUGCUUGCACCCCGAACCGUCAUAGCCUGAAUGUUGCGCUCCACUGUAGAGGUGGGGGAGCGCAGCGUUCGUCCGACGAGCGAGGCAACAAUCAAUCGAGCGGAGAGAGCAAACCCCCGAGAGCGCUCGUAGAGAACUGUGUGUCGCUUCAAGAUCCGCCCACAGUUUCCUACGGGUGCAAUCUCUUCCGACGCUGAAUCUACUCCCCGGCUGGCUGGAUUGCUGGCGGGGCUUGCCUGUCGCCUUCGUUGGCGGGGUUGUGAGUGGACCGAGGGAGUUGUUUCUUUGUGGGCGUCAGUCUGCGAGUGCGGUGCGUCGUUCAGAGGAUGUUAAGAAGCUCAUAAAAAGUUGCUAGCACUGCUGGUGCUGCAGCAACGGCCGCAGUGGUCUUUGCUGCACAUGCAGAGUUUCCAAUGAAGAAGUUUCGUGAAGAUGCACAUUCAAGGCUCUCUAAACCUUCUCCAGGUCCGAACUACAUCCAAGACGAGUAUGAUUUCUGUCACGAGGAUAUCUGCUCUGCUUUAAUCGAGGGAGUUCCUUCUCAAGAAGAAGUAGAUGAGGCUACCAGGGAUCUGCAAGCGACUUUUGUGCAAAAUGAGGAUAGCAGGGAGUUCUUAGAUCCCAAAGAUCGUGAACCAAAGCAGGAGAGCUGCGACGAGGUAGCAAUCCCGGACUAUGAUGCGGAAUGCUCCUCUUCCAAGCAUUUCUGCCAUGACGACCAAGUGCCUUUACCUCCACCAACAACAUCGGCUGAGACGUCGUCUGACUUUCUUAAGACCCCCACCUCUACACAGGAGCGCAUGGGCAUGCCAGGGGCUCUAAUACGAAUUCCAUGGAGCGAUCUCCCCAGAUUUAAUGGGGAACAUUUCCAUUCCUCGAAAAAUGAAAUAAGUUGUAUCUUUCGACUGGAAGGAUUGAUGGAUUUAAUUGAAGGUAAAGAGCUCCGACCAACCACUCCACCGGGUUCUACAACCAGUACACCUGCGACAGGAGCAGGGAGUAAGAAGGAAUGGGAUAACAAAAAUCUCAUUUCUUUGGCAAUGUUGAAUAUCUUGUUGACAAGAUAUCAACCAUUGAUAGCUCGUUAUGUAACAGCAGCAGAGGCCUGGGCUGAACUAAAUAAAGUUUUUGAACCCCAUGACAUAGUGCACUUAAGAGAUGCAUUGCAUACAUUCAAACUGAAAAGAGGAGAGUCUAUGCAGAAACAUAUCAGCAAAUUUUGUCUACUUCUCGAUCAGUUGGCUUCUAAAGGGCAGACUAUUCCAGAGGCAGAAGCUUACACUUCUCUCCUCAGGAGUCUUCCUAUAGAGUAUAGAUACUUUUUCUCUCCUCAGGAGUCUUCCUAUAGAGUAUAGAUACUUUGUGCGUUCUAUGCUAUCACAGCACACAUUAACCACAUCAUUUGUUAUGGCUACUCUUCUUAUUGAGGAAUCUCACCUCAAAGAAAAAGAGUUGACCAACAGUAUGGCAACACUCUCCACAACAAAGAAACAAGGGUGGACUACCACAACGCCAAAGAUGCAUCCACAAAACUCCUCUAAGACAGGUUCUUCUUCAAGACAAGAACCUCCUUCUAAACCAUCUGUUCCUAGGCAAAAGAUGAAGUGCUUCUAUUGUAAGAAGCGAGGCCAUCUUGUUCAAGAGUGUCGGAAGAAGAAACAAGAUAUCUCUUCUGCACAUUCUACAGCAAAGGUUGUAUGUCACCACGCUAUCAUCCAUCGGGACGGAUCCUGCAUAGUAUGUGGAUUCUGGUGCUACCCAACACAUGGCAUAUAAUAAACAUGACUUUGUGACAUAUACUCAACUACCAUAUCUCGGCGAUGAUAGAAAAUCCAUUCAAGGAAAAGGGAAUGUUCGCAUCUCUUUGAAUGAUGAACAGGAAAGGAUCAUCCCUGAUGUCCUCCAUGUUCUUGCUCUCAGAAAGAAUUUAUUUUCUAUGACUCAGUUUGUUAUCCAAGGGGGAGUCCACUGGUUCAACCUGAUCAAUGCAUCUUGGAAAACAAGAUGGGUCAUUUCAUUGCUCGGUGUAUCAGUUCUAACAAACUUUUCAAUCUAGACACAACUUCUUCUUUGAAUACACGCGCCAAUUCUGUCAACGUUAAUUGUUCGCUGAAGAGCUGAACACAUAUCAAUAUCAAUGGCAUCUAAACCUCGGCCAUAUGAGUAUUCCAAGGAUUCAACAAUUGAAACAUGGUGCAAGGGUUAGAUAAUUGUUCUUUUCGAACUGUCUCUUUUUGCACUUCAUGUGCUCUAGAGAAGACUACCAGAGCUAAAUUCCAAAGCCAAGGAGCCACUCGUGCUAUAGACCUUCUUGGUCUAGUGCACACAGAUAUAUGUGGCCCUCUGAAAACUCAA